AUGUUAGAGCCGGGCGGAACCGACCUCGCCGGCUUCCCGGCACUGACUUCCGUCGCCGGCACAGCGCUACACUACGUGCGCGAUCGCCGACAUGCGCAUGCGCCUAGCCAGCCGAAAGUUCUCCUCUCAGACUGUGGCAGCAGGGCUUCCUCAACAGAGCCCCAGGACCGGGGAGCCAGCCUCAAGGAGUCUAGCCUGGAGAUGAGCUGUGCUAUGCAGCCGGCGGGCCCCCAAAAGGCUGUCCCCACAGCUCACCUCACUGUCGUUAUUGACUGUGCUACUGGAAAGCAGAUCUCCCUGGCGGCACCCCCAGUGCCACCCCAAGCAUCAAGACCCAGCCAGGGAUGUGUCACUCCGCCCAUGAAGACUUUUGUUAUGUUCUGUGGAGAAAACACGCUGCGUGGGACUCAAGACUUUCCGCUCAGUUGCAGGCCUCUUGCCGGGACCAAAGAUACCGUGCCAUCCGACAGAGGACUCCCAGCUCCAGCUUCCCUCCCUGCCAGUCCGCCGAGUCCCCAAGACGAUCCUCAAGCCCAAAGGAGCUUCUUGAAGCCUGGAGCUACUGAAAGGCGCGCAGUUUGGGACACAGUUAAAUGCUCACUCCAAGCGCUCUCUGCCUGUGUCUGUGGGCAGGCUGAGUAGUUUGGCCGGAUCUGUGGGGGUGGGGGAGAACCUGGGAAUGCUGUAGUCUUUGGAGUCUGAGCCCAGGAAGGCAUCCUGGAUGUGUUGAAGGAUGUAAGAGCCAGUCACGUCUCUGUCCUCUUCCCCAUCCUCUGCCAGGCUCUCAGCUAAGGCCAGGCAUGGU